GUCUACACCGGGUUUAGGGUUUAUCGUGCCAUUCAUGAGGAAAUGCUGCUGCGAUGGAGGGCCGCGGCGAGGCUUGGAGUGCUAAAUCGCCGGAGUUUCUGCCUCAAUCCAGGAAGCAAGCCGGAAGGUCCGAAAUCAACCGCGCAUGGGGUUCCUGAUUCUCAGAAACACAAUGCGGAGGAUCAUGAAGCAAAAGAACCGUGUGGAGAUGGGGAGUCGCAGAUUGAUGGCUUUGAGAAGCUCAAAAAUUGGAAUUUGAUGUCGCGGCUCAUCGAGGCCAUCAGGGCCGGGCAGAAUGACAAGGCAAUGGAGCUCCUUCCGGAUCUAAGUAAGUAUGAGAUGAUGACUGCUACAAGCUGUAACGAGUUUCUCUAUCAGUGCUCCCUGGCUGGAAACUUUCAGCUAGCGAGGCAGAUAAUGAGAUUCAUGAAAGAGCUUGGUAUGGAAACCAACGAGCGGUGCGACACUCAUCUUCUUGGUGCUAUGAGCCGUGCUGGAAAUCUGGACGAGGCCAUGGAAAUGCUGGAAUCUGCGACUGGGGGUGAUGGUGUGGAUUACGUCUUCAUGUUUAACAGUGUGUUGAACGGUUGCGCAUCCGCUGGCAGCAGCAUUCAUGCAGAUAAGUGUCUCAAGUUGAUGACCAGUAGAAAGGUGGAGAAAAAUCAACAGACUUACAUUGAACUUCUCAGGCUUGCAGGAAAAAAGCAAGAUCUUAGUUUGACAAAGAGCUUGUGGAUCGAGCUGAAAAGUAUUUAUUCCCCUUCGUUUAACUCUUAUCGCACUUACAUCAUAUCGCUUUGCCGGGGAAGUGAUCUUGGUGAGGCACUAAUCAUUUUGCAAGAGAUGCUGGAUCAUAUUGCUGAAGAAAUGAAGCUUUCCGAAAGUAUUCCUCCGGCGGUUACUGAGGUUUUCAACGCAAUCAUCAGCACAGCAAGCAAAACGGGUCAGUAUCAACUAGCAGAGAUGAUGUUUUCGGAGAUGAAUCGGAUGGAAAUACCUGUAACGAUCGUCACUUACGACGCUGUCAUUCGAGCUGUUGUAAAAGGGAGAGGUGUAGAAUAUGGACUUAAGCUUGUUCAGAACAUGGAGUCCAGAGGAAUAGAACCUGACAGUGCAAUCUAUGGUGCUAUCGUGGAAGGCUACUGCAGAAACUCAGAGCUAGAUAAAGCUGAGAACCUGUUGGAACAAAUGCUGAAAGCCAAGCCUAGUCAACGGCCCACUGCUCAUGCGUUCAACUUCAUUUUUCAGGCGUGCUCACUGACGAAUGAACAAGAUCGUGCCCUGCGUGUACUGAGAACAAUGAAAACCGCGCGUGUACCUCCGGACAUCUGCACGUACACGGCCCUUUUUUGCAAUUUUGGUAGCGUUAGCGUCCCUUAUGCAGGGGGUGAUCAGUCGUCUCACGAGGACUUGACUAGCAGACUGGGAGCGCUUGAAGCAGAUAUGCUGGCCUCUGGCAUUCAGCAUUCACGUCAGUCUCUGACGGCUCUGAUGCGAGGAUUAGGAUCAGAAGGAAUGCUUGGUCCUGCUCUCAAGCGGCUAUUAAACGCAGAAGCUUUCUCUGCAGAGGAUGGAGCUCCAUUCUUGGACGCUUUUGCAUACAACACUGCAAUGUACUCAUGCAUUAUGUUCGACCAGUUUUCAGAAGCCAAGGAACUCUUUACCAGGAUGUCUGCAAAGAAUCUCAAGCCAAAUCUUCACUCGUACAACAUUAUGAUCUAUGGAUGCCUGCGGUCUAAAGAUGUAACUUAUGCCAACGAGGUUUUAAAGCGGCUACAAGACGACGGCCUUAGUCCGGAUUCGGUUACAUACAAUUCGCUCAUCAAGGUUCUUUGUGCUGCAAACGAGCUAGAAUCGGCACUGGAAGUUAUCCAGACAAUGGAUAGAACGGGCAUAGAGGCGGAUAUCUACUCGUUUAACACAAUCAUAGGUGCUGCGGCAGUCCGGGGUCGUAUCGACAUGAUCGAGUUCUUGAUAGACGACAUGAAAGACCGCAACAUCCCUCCAAACUCCUACACCAUUCUCAAAGUCAUGAUCACGUACAUAUACCUCAAGAGGCUGGACGACGCGAUCGAAGCCGUGCGAACGUUGAGCUCCCGAAUGCUAGAGGGCGCCAGCAGCAGCGGCAAGAGCACGAUCCAGAGCGCGGUGGAGGUGUUGAUGCAAGACAACAGCGAGCUCGUGUCGGAGAUGACCGAAUCACUGGGCAAAACCAUCGAGGAAACCGGGGAUCCGGAAGCUCAGGCCCUCUACACUUUAAAUCUAGCGAGCCUUGCCGCUGGGACAGACGAGAAGUGGGCGAGCGAGAAGAACUCCAAACAAGAGAACGAGAACGCGUAAAGUUUUAAAGUUUUAAAUUCAAAUUCAAAAGCUUCCCGCCA